AAACCCCAAACCAGUCAAACUAGUUCCACUAAGACCACUAAAUGGUAACAAGUAUCCCGCCGCCUGAUUGGAGAGGAUCUAAAGAUUAGGCAUGUGAACAGCUUAGAUACUAGUGUCGUACUCGGUCUGAUGUAUCCCAAAUCUCCGCACGAAUGCAAACCGAGCGCUUCUAUCAUGCCAAGACUCCAUCUCGUCACCAUCCCCCCUUAAGAACCGCCGCAGGCUUCUCUACACACCCACAUAAAAAUCUCCCUAGGUGUAAACGUCUCUGAACUCUCCUAACAGUUUUCGCUUUUUUUUUUCUUUUUUCCCUUUUUUGAAGGCAAAUAGUUGUAGAUAGGUACUUAGUAAACACCAUCGCAAUGGUCCUCGCCCCACACUCCAACCCCGAAGCCCCCGUGCUCGCGCACUUCAGUCUCGCGGGCAAGACCGCCAUAGUGACCGGCGGGUGUCGAGGCAUCGGGCUCGAAGUCGCGCGGGGGCUCUGCGAAGCCGGCGCCAAAGUCGCAAUCACAUACUCGAGCACCUCCCCCUCCGAAGCCGACGACAUCGCCGCGCAGAUCUCCUCCGCGAACGACGGGCGGCAGGUCAAAGCGUACAAGUGCAAUGUGCGCUCGAUCGCGGACGUCGACGCGGUCGUGGAAAAAGUGGUGCAGGAGCUAGGUGACGGUCGCCUGGAUAUCAUGGUCGCGAACGCGGGGGUCUCGAAACACACGCCUGCGAUAGAUUACCCCGAGGACCAGUUCCGCGAGAUGUUCGACAUCAACGUCAACGGCGCUUUUUGGGCCGCGAAGGCCGCGGCGCGUGUGUUCGAGAGGCAGGCGAAGGCUGAUGGGGCGCCAUUUCGGGGAUCCAUUAUAUUUACGGCCUCCGUGUCCGCGACGCUGGUUAAUAUCCCCCAGAAGCAGGCGGCGUAUAACUCGAGUAAAGCGGCGCUGGUGCAUCUUAGCAAGUCCUUGGCCGUGGAGUGGGUUGAUUUCGCGAGGGUUAAUAGUAUUUCGCCGGGUUUUAUUGAAACAGAAAUGCUCGACAUUCAUCCCCAGGAGUGGAGAAAAGUCUGGAAUGAGAUGAUUCCCGGCCAUAGAUUUUGCAAGCCGGCUGAAUUAAAGGGGAUAUACGUUUUCUUAGCUAGCGACGCAAGCAGCUACAUGACUGGAGCGGACUUGAUAAUCGAUGGAGGAUAUACCCUACCAUAAGGAGGAGGAAGAUUUUUAAAUUAAACGUGAAGGUGUCUUGGGAGCACUUCGGUGAUGAUCAUGAUAUUUUCUGGCUCUUCUCUUAAUGUAAUCGAUCCUCACAUAUUACCAGAUUCAAUCAUCUAUUAGACUUCCAAUUCAAUCA